UGGGUCCCUAGGAGGCCAGGGAAGGCUGUGAAGGCAAUGAUGGACCCUCUGGCAAGCCUCUGCUGGCUCCACACCCAGAUCCUGAUGCUUCAGUUCCUUCCUUUUCCUGCAGGUUUCCAGACUGUCAGAGACCCCGGCCCUUCCUGCACCUUGAACAGGGUCGUGGGGGAAUCUGUUCAGUUGCCCCUGAACCACACUUUGAGCCCUGACAUCCGGGAGAUAGAGUGGAAGUGGAAUACUGAGGCCGAGCAGCAGCAGCUCCUGGUGUCCUGGAAGCCCUCGGGUCCGGAGUGGUACGAAUUUGAAGACAAAUACAAGCACAGAUUCUGCCUGACUGAGGAGUAUAUUUUGAACAUUUCGAAUCUCACCGUGGAAAUGAGUGGACUGUAUGUAGCGGAAAUCAAAUACAACACAGGAAAAUCCCAGAAGAAAGAUUUUAGACUCUGCGUCCAUGAGCCCAUCCCUAAACCCCAAAUUCAGAUUCAUUCAUUAUCCAACACACCAGGCUGGUGCAAUGUCAGUCUGGAGUGUGGGACCCCAGAGACUUCAGAGAACUCGACAGUGACCUGGUUGAGCAACGGCUUUCCCAGGGAGCUGGAGCAGAGAGGGACACUGUCAGCUGCCUCCAACUCUAGGAAUCUCAGCCUGAGCCUGCCCCUGAGUCAGUCACAUGGCCAUCUCACCUGUGUGGUCAGCAACUCUGCAGACCAGAAGAAUGCAACCGUAGACCUGGGGAGCAUCUGCCCACAGAGGGGUUCUUUUCAGAGCAAAUGGCUUUGGAGAGGAGUUCUUAUCAUGGUUCUGGUGGUGAGUCUGGGGGCUGGAGUGUGGAUCUGGAAGAGAAAGAAGAUGGAGACUGAGAGAGGUAGAAGCUGGGAGACACUGAGGGAUGGGGGUGCUGGGGAGCGGCAGUGGAUGCAGGCGGCCCUAGAGACAGUUGGCAGCCUGAGAAGUCCAUGGGCAGAGAGGCACUUUCCUGGCAGCAGCUGGGGUGGAGCAGAGCUGAGGGUGGGAGGUGGUGCAUGCCCAGUGAGGAAGGGCCAAGGGUGGCAGGAACAAGACAGGGUCUGGGCCCCGAUUUUACAGCCUGGGAACAAUGAGCUUGCCCUGGGCCUGGUGAGGGAAUCACUCAAUUGCACGCUUUCAAUGACAGCAACUGUUCCCCAAGCCCCUCCUAGAGCAGGCUCUGAUGACCCGCAGAUUGGUGGACUUGACAGCCACGACCUUCCCUAUGCAGAGAUCAGCCCCCUGAGGCCCACUGAGGAUAACCUGGACAUCUGCCUUGUACAGACCCCCAAGCCGACUCCGGCAGUCCACACUGUUUAUGAGAAGAUCCAUAAAAGCCCAAAACCCAAAGGGUCACCUAGAUCAGGAGUGAACUUGGACGAUGACAGGCCUUGGUAAAGUUUGUCCCCCCCUCACUCUUCACCCCAAGUUUUCAGCUAUCCCUCCUAGACCCCCAUUCUUCUUGAUCCAUCCCACUGAGAUAGCAAAGCAGCAUGAGCUUCUCCCUUGGGCUCCCCUCUGUUAUGACGUGAAUGGUUGUGUCUCCCCUAAAAUUCAUGAGAAGACUCAUGAGUGGGAUUAGGCAUCCCUUUUGCCCUGUUUCCUUCUGCCAUGUGAGGACAAAGCUGAUGUUCAUCCCCUCUGGAGGAUGCAGCACCAGGGGGCCAGCAGCCCUACUGGGGCCUUGACCUUGGACUCCCAGUCUUCAGAACAGUGUGAAAUGAUUUUCUGUUCUUUAUAAAUUACUGAGUCUGUGGUACUUUGUUAUAGCAACAUAAACAGACUAAGAAAUGUACCAAAGUUUUCUGACUUACAGAUUGUGAGCAGUCAUUUUGCUUUUUUAAACUUCAAAGUAGGAGAGGCAGACAUUUUAGCAGUUUGCCAGACUUCUGAUCACUGACCUCUGGCCGGCUUUACCCCCCUUAGGGGAUUGAGCAUUUUCAUGAAGAUAAUUGGGAUGGAAGGCCUUUGAGGAAGAUGGGCCUUGGGUGAAGGACUUCCAGAACAUCAUAGUCAAGCCCACUACCCAAGAUAGAGAGGAGUGGGCCUUGACUGGCCAGGCCCAUGAGGCCUGUAGAUGGAGAUCCAGGUCACUUCAGCCCAGGGUGAGAGGGAACAUUUCUUGAGUUUGCUGCCUACUGGGUGAUUCUCAGCACAGUAAAUUUAAUGUCUCAGGGCCUCCCAGAAUUCAAGUUAUUCACAGACCCCUUUACUUUUUAGCGUUUACAUUUGGUGGCACUGGGAAUCAAACCCAGGGCCCCGUGCAUGCUAACUAAGCACAUGAUCUACCCCUGAGCCACACCUCUAGUCCAGCCCUUUUAUUUUUAUUACAUAACAUAUGAAUAAAGUACAAAAGACAAAAGGUACGUCUUGUUGAAAUUCUGAUGUUUUCUCAAUUUUGCUUCUAUUGUAAAUAGAGUCUUCUCCUCAGUAUAGUUUGUUUGAUUGUGAAGAAUUAUAUAUAUAAUUAUAAUUAUAUAUUAUAUAUUAUAAUUAUAUAUUAAGCCACAUUACUCAAUUUCUCAACUGUUUGUAAUAGUUGUUUUACUUCAUUCCCUUGAAUUUCUGGGGUGAAUAACCAUAUUUAUCAACAAACAACUGUAAAUUUUGCUUCUUUCCAGUUUUUAUGCCUCAUUCAUUUCUCUUGCAUGAGUACAUUGGUUAGUACCUCCAAAGCCAUGUUAAAUAUAGUGAUGAUAACAUGAUAGUUACUUUGUUCCUGACUACAAUGUCAAUGGUUUCGCCAUUAUUCAUUUUUUUUUUGGGUUAAGGAUAUCAUAUUUUAUCAUGUUACAAAAGUAUAUAUGAUUUUUAACAAUUUUUUUAUUCAAAAACAAAGUGUCAAAUUUUAUCAUUUUCUUUUCAGCAUCUGAAUAUAUCGUGUUUUUCAGUUUUUCAAUUAACAACACAUUAAUAGAGUUCUGUUCUUGAAUUACUGAAAUGAACCCCACUUAAUGUAGUCUUUUAUUUUGCUGUUUGAUAUUAUUUUUAUUUGGGAUUUUUGCAUCAUUAUUCAUAAAUGAAAUUAUAUUGUAUUCAUUUUAUUUUUAUCAGUUUCUUAUGUGUGUUAUG